AUGGAUUCUGAAUCUACUGACCCAUCUACUCAACCCCCUGUUAAAGAUUCGAAUAUUGAAUCUUCUUCCAAUGACGAAGAACAUUCGAUGGUUUCUGCCACUCGGGAUGAUAGUUUGAAUCUGGGACAGCCACAGCAGACGAAUUCGGAAACUGGAGGUUUUAGGAUUUCUGCAUUUUCUCUUUUUUCCAGUGGCUUUGGAUUGCGUCUUCCUAAUACCGAGGAGAGUGGUCAAGGCACUGCAACUUCUACACAAGGUGGUGUUCUGGAAUCAUUUACUAAAGGUUUGGUUGAUUCGUCUCGAAGUGCUGUGAAGGCUAUGCAGGUCAAGGCUCGCCAUGUGGUUUCUCAAAAUAAACGUAGAUACCAGGAGGGAGGAUUCGAUUUGGAUAUGGCUUAUAUCACUGAGAAUGUAAUUGCUAUGGGUUUUCCGGCUGGUGAUAUAAGCUCUGGACUUUUUGGAUUCUUCGAGGGAUUCUAUCGAAAUCACAUGGAAGAAGUGAUAAAGUUUUUCGAGACCCAUCAUAAGGGAAAGUUCAAGGUAUACAAUCUUUGUUCAGAGAGACUGUAUGAUGCAUCACGAUUUGAAGGAAAGGUAGCAUGCUUCCCAUUCGAUGACCAUAAUUGCCCUCCACUUCAACUAAUAACAUCAUUUUGUCAAAGUGCAUACUUGUGGUUGAAGGAGGACAUUCAAAAUGUGGUGGUUGUUCAUUGUAAAGCUGGAAUGGGCAGGACAGGUUUAAUGAUAUGUAGCCUUCUUCUAUUCCUUAAGUUCUUCCCAACUGCUGAGGAGGCUAUUGAUUACUUCAACCAGAAAAGAUGUGUAGAUGGGAAGGCUCUGGUUCUUCCAAGAGUUUUGUGUGACUUUGAUGCGAUUGCUUUUACUCGCAUUCCGCAAAAAGUAAUUAUUUUUCUGCAACCAGAGCCAGAAGAUUUCUGGAUCCGUGCACGUAAGAAAAAGAUGGUGGUCUUUGCUCUACCAGGGGAGCCUGGUGUAACGGAGUUGGCUGGGGACUUUAAGAUCCAUUUUCAUGAUCGCCAAGGAGAUUUCUACUGUUGGUUAAAUACUACAAUGACGGAGAAUCGAAAAAUGUUAAAUGGCUCUGAUCUUGAUGGUUUUGACAAGAGAAAACUACCUUCUCCAGGUUUCCAGGUUGAAGUUGUGAUGAUAGACUAUGAUGGGACUUUACCUGCAAGGUCUAAAGUUGAUUCGGCCCACAAGGGAUCUGAUGUUACUAGCUCUGGUUAUGUUCCAGCCACAGGUGGUGGAGUUGCAGCUCAUUCCAACAGAAGUGAUGCCACUGAGAAUGAUGAUGAUGUAUUCUCAGACAGCGAGGGAGAGGAAACUGGGGUUUCAAAGAGCAGGCAAGCUCAAGCUGCAUCUAGAAUUGGACCUGCUCAACCUGAUCAUGCAUCUAACUCCACAGCAGAACAAAUGAGGAACUUAACACAUGGAGCAGAGCAACUAUCACUCAGAAGUCACGAAACUUCACCUAUAAAUGCUUCCAAGGAACCAACUGCUGGUGAGGUUAGGAACCCUGCCCCUGGUGUCAAGAUUCGUCACGUAGACUCUGGAGGAGCCAGUGACAUUAAAGCAAUUGCUGCUGAUGCAUCAGUUUUCACUUUCGGAGAUGAAGACUAUGAAAGCGAGUGA